AUGCAGAAGGGGGAGCAUCUUGAACCCAAUUAUGUGCAAGAAUUCCAUCCAUUCGGACGAAUCCCAGUUCUUGACGAUAACGGCACUCGAUUGUUCGAGUCUAGGGCGAUUUGCGAGUACUUGGUUGCAAAGUACGGGCCACAUAGCGCUUUAAAUAGGCGAACGGACCAAAACAUUGCGGACCUGGCAACUUACGAGCAAGCGGCUAGCGUUGAGUACUCUUACUUUGACCCGACAGUGAAAGCUUUGGCAUACGAGAAAAUCUUCAAAGGGUUUAUGGGGCGAGGCGAUCCUGACAGGGCCACAGUCGAGAGACUGGAAAGCGACUUGGUCAAGGUCUUGGAACACUACGAAAAAGUACUUUCUCAUAGCGAGUACCUUGCCGGAAAUGUGAGUUAUAUCUACAUUUCGAGCGGAAUUCUUGUUGACUGUUCUUAG